CGGCAGAGACGCACCGCCGCGGAGACACUCUUCGCUUCGCGGGCUCUGCGGCGCUCUCGCUCGCUCCACCAGCACCAUGCGUUGCGUCGCCGUCGCGCUCGUGGCCCUGCUGGCCCUGGCGGCCGCCCCCGCGGACGCCCUGCGCGCCCUCAUGGUGUUCCCCUUCGCCGCGCACAGCCACAACACCAUGUUCAAGGGCAUGGCGGAGGCGCUGGUGGACCGCGGCCACGAGGUGGUCAUGUUCAGCCCGUUCCCGCGCAGCAAGCCGCGCGCCAACUACACGGACAUCAGCACGGCGAGCGGCGAGUCCCUGGUGGGGUCGGUGGACUUCGACAAGCUGACGCCCGUCACGGUGGACGUGCCCGCCCUGGUGCCCUACAUGUACAUCAAGGCCAUCCACGAGAUGGGCGGCGACCACCUGUGCCGCCAGGUCUUCUCCAUGCCGGAGCUGCAGAAGGCCCUGGCCGGCGGCUACGGUCGCUUCGACGUGGUGUUCACCGAGGCCUUCGCGUCGGACUGCUGGGCAGCCAUCCCCCACGCGCUGCAGCUACCCGCCAUCAGCCUGGCGUCCGGACCCGACUGGCCCUGGAUCCACGAGCGCAUGGGCUCCGUCGACAACCCCUCCUACAUCAUCAACGUCUUCACCACGUUCAAGGACCCCAUGUCCUUCUGGGACCGCCUGCGCAACACCGUCUUCGCCACGUCCAUCAACUACUUCUUCCAAAGCAAGCUCCAGGACGGCUCCGACGCGGUGGUGCGCGAGUUCUUCGGCGACAAUGUCCCUCCGCUGCGCGAGCUGGUCAAGAACACCAGCCUGCUGCUGCUCAACCGGCACGAGAGCAUCAACGCGGCGAGGCCCACGCCCCCCAACAUCGUGCACGUCGGCGGCCUGCACAUCGCGCCUCCGCCCGGCACCCUGGACGCCGACCUACGGUCCUGGAUGGACGGCGCGGAGCACGGCGUCAUCUUCUUCUCGCUGGGCUCCAUGCUCAAGGCCGCCAGCAUGCCCACCCAGAUGCGCGACACCCUGGUGGAGACGUUCCGGCGCAUCCCGCAGCGCGUCGUCUGGAAGUUCGAGGCGGACAUCCCCAACCUGCCGGACAACGUCAGGAUCUCCAAGUGGCUGCCCCAGAUGGACAUCCUCACCCACCCCAAGACGGUGCUCUUCAUCACCCACGGCGGCCUGAUGGGCACGCUGGAGUCGCUGCACUGCGGAGUGCCUAUGAUGGGCAUCCCCCUGUUCGCGGACCAGGGCGUCAACAUGGACAUGUACCGCGGCCUGGGCAUCGCCGAGAGCAUCGACCGCUUCAACAUGGACGUCGACACCACCGUGGCCACCAUCAAGAAGCUGCUGGACGGCGGCGGGUACUUGAAGCGGGCGCGCGAGAUGAGCGCCGCCUUCAAGGACAGGCCGCAGCAGGCCGCGGACCAGGCAGUGUGGUGGACCGAGUACGUGGUGCGCCACCGCGGCGCGCACCACCUGCGACCCAGCAGCGUGCGCCUGCCCCUCUACCAGUACCUGCUGCUGGACGUCAUCGCCUUCCUGGUGCUCUGCUCCGCCGUGGCCGCCACCCUCGUGUGGGUCGCCCUGGUGGCGGUGGUCAGGCGGCUGUCACGCGUCGCCGCCAGCACCAAGGCCAAGAAGGCCUAGCGCGCCGCGGCCGGGCGAAUCUCAACGAACUGCGCAUGCAGGCUGCUUCCGACGGCCUGUCUCUGUCGCGCCCACACCUAUAGGACGCCCCAUGAGUGCGAGAGAGACAGAGCGACGACUCUCGGGAUCGGUCCGCUGAUUGCACGAUAGCGAGGCGUCAAGACGGCGACCUUGUCCUUGGUCGAGGACACUUGUAUAUCGGCUGCGGCACUGCCGCCAACCCGAACCAGGAUCUCACGACGCACUGCUGUGAUUGGCUGGCACCGACACCAGUGGGAGUAAAUUAUUUAUUGAACGAUGACGAAAUAAAUUGGCGGACGAUGACGACA